AUGCAUCGUGGACUGCGAUGUUUCUUUCUUUUCUGUAUCGCCUCGGCCUUCUUCGACUGUAGCAUUAACGCUAGGGGCAACCCCUGUGUCUUUGCUGCGUCGCAACUCAUCCAUCCGCUGCUGUUUCCUCUCCGCUUUGACGUUGGCAUCGAUGGUCUCAAAGAUGCAGUUGGUGAGGAACCUGAAGCUGUUCAUCUGGUCGUGCCCCAUCUUGUAGAGAUUCACGAAGGCGCGGUAACUUGGCAGCGCGCCCAGCGGCUUGCGUUUGUUGAGCACUGCGAAGCGGCGGCCCAGCAGCGCGAGGAAUCCCUUCGGCGGCACUAUCUUGGCGCGCGCAAACGCCGUCAGUACGCGCACGAGGUCGUGGGGAUCUUUGUAGUGGUUAAUGUGGUGCACGAGAAAGAUGCCAAGUGCCUGGAAGAACUGCAGGUCGCGCUUGCGCCGGCCGGCGCUCAUGCCCAUAACGACGAUGCAGCGCAGCACGCCGUCCGCGUUCAUUUCGUCACGCGCCUGCAGUAG